UGAUGCACUGCAUGGUAAUAAAUCUGUCUUCUGACUCAUGGUGGGUGAAGAUGCUUACCUGGCGACACGUUUGGGGUUUUUCUACACGCUUGGUGUAAUCAAAGAAGCGAAAUGGAUCCUUCUAGGAGAAGUGAGAGCGACUGGCAAGGGCUAGUGAACGAGUUCCUGGUAUGUAAGAGAAAGCUGGAGAGUAAGAAGGAGGCGCUGCUGAUUCUGUCCAAAGAGCUGGAUACCUGCCAGCAGGAGCGCGACCAGUUUAAACUGAUGGCCAAUCAGCUGCGAGAGCGCCACCAAGGGCUGAAGAAAAAAUACAGAGAGCUUAUUGACGGUGACCCGACAUUACCUCCAGAAAAAAGGACCCAAGUGAAUUUAGCGCAGCUGCUGCGUGAUGCUCAGGAGAAGAACAGGAAGCUGAGUGAUGAACUGAAAGAGCUGAAUCAGCGAUUAGUAGAGGUUCAAGGUGACAACAAGCUGCUGAGGAUGACCAUCGCUAAACAGCGUCUCGGUGAUGAAGAGGUCGGAGUUCGCCACUUUCCGGCCCACGAGAGAGAAGAUCUCGUACUGCAGCUGGAAAAAGCUCGAGAGCAGAACUCGGAGCUGGAGCAGAGCGUGAAGGCGGCGUUGGACGAGCUGCAGGACGUGCGGGCGGAAAGAAACGUGUAUCAGGAGAAAGCUCACCGCCUCAACAUCGAGCUCAACCACAUCCUGAGACGCCACGACGGCCGGAUCAUGGACGUGGACGCUCUGUGUAUGGAGAACAGAUACCUCCAUGAACGCUUUGUCCAGCUUCAGGAAGAAGUCUCUCUCCUCAAAACCAAUUUGAUGAAGUACAAGAGUGCACUGGAGAGUAGGAAGAACUGUAAAGUGUAUGGCAAGACCAACAGCAGCGCACUAACAGGAGUCCUUUCAGCUAAACAAGUUCAGGAGCUGCUGCUGUCCGAGGAAAACGGCUGCAGUCUGCCCGUGACGCCGCAGUCCAUCAGUGACCUGAAGUCUUUAGCCACAGCGCUGCUGGAGACCAUUCACGAGAAGAACAUGGUCAUCCAGCACCAACGCCAGACCAACAAGAUUCUGGGUAACAGAGUAGCGGAACUGGAAGGGAAGCUGAAAGCACUGGAGAUGUCUGGACUGUGGAGUUUGCCUGGCCUUACCUAUAAUGUGUCUGUGGGACUGGGGAGAGGAAGAGAUGUGAUUAUUCUGAGUGAACACCAGCAAGUCCAGCCGUCGGAGGCGCAUGCGGUGCAGCUACGGCACGGCUCUGCAGGAGACGAGGAGGUCGUGACCGGAGAGGAAGUGACAGAAGACACGGCUCUCACUGCUGAGGAUUUUUCCAGGCCGCGUCAUCAUCGUCAUCAUCAUCAUCAUCAUCAACAUCAUCAUCAUCACCGCCACAGCACAGCGGUCUACUUAACACCUGAAUCCAGCGGACAUCUUCCCACAGAAACCACCACCAGCUCACAGAAGAGUUCUGUGGAGAGAGUAACACACAACUACACGCCAGAAACAUUACACAGUGAUGAAGAUCUGGCAACCUGUGACCACGGGAGCACAAGUACAACUCCAGCAGAGGAUGCUGGGAAAGAGGGCGGAGCUCCAGUCACAUGUUCUGAGGACAGUCCUGAUAUUCAGGAUGGAUCAGAGAGAGACAUAAGCAACGAGGCAGUGUGUGAUGUGGACUGCGCAGAACCGUCUGAUCCCAGAACAGUGGAGAGUACAGAGAACGUGAUGAGAGAGGAAACGGAACCAAACACUCCAGAUCAGAGCACGUAGAACGCAGAAACCUUCGAGAAACGCUGCACUUAAACACAGACUCGAAGCUUCUACGCAUUUAUAACGGUUUACAAUGUUGCCACAGUAUCUUUACUAAACAUCUGAUGUCUCCAAGACAAGAGACGGUGUUCAAACACGAACGUGUUUACGAUAAAAUCACGCUUUCGUAGCCUUUACAACAUCGGAAGUGAAUUUUUUGUCUUGUUAACGUAUCUGAGAGAAACGUUGAGAUUCUCCUAACAAUUCUGUCUCGUAUCGACAUUACACUGUCACCAGCUACAUGCUAGCUAGCUAGAUCGUUAGCUAACAAUUUACGCUAGACAUUCAUAUUAUCCUGGUUACUUGGCAGCUCUUGAUUUUAAUAACUUGAACAUCGGCUGCGUCGUGUGUUUACCUUCCCGUGCUGAAGACACGAAUUUACACAAGAGUAACAACACACUUUUAAAAAAUGUGACGCUUUAUCUCAGGUGCAUAAACGUUUGCUAAAGAAUCGGCUCUUUGAACACAUCUUUCAGGUCACGCACACAUGAGCCGUUUUUAUGUAAAUGUAAAUGUAAUCACUGCUCUUUCUCAUCCAGUGUAAUUUAACCCAAAUGUUAAAGUUAGAGAAAGAAGAACGAUUACUGUUCAAAAUAUCGCAAAUGUUUUGUCCGGUUUAGAAAAAGUAUCGCAAAUGAGUCAUUUGGGAACUGAAAGAAUCGACUCUUAAUGGUGAGUCAAAUCAUCUAAAUUAGGGCCUUUCGCACCGCUUUAGUUCCAGAACUAAAUUUACGGUACUAAAGUACUGGGCGAUUUUGCGUGAACUAUUUCCCAGCACCGUUUAAAGGGCUGCAUUCGCACCGACAGCGGGCGCUAGGAAGUGACGUACGCCGGUCGACAGCGACGACAUUUGUGCGCGGCGUUCAACAACGGAAACAAAGAAGAACAACGUAAACAACCGGAGGAUGGAGGACGCUGUGAUCGGAGCUGUGUGUUUGUCGUGUCUCGCGUCCAUCUAUCGCUGUUCUCCAUACUUGUGAAAUAAGUCGACACUACAGUAUGUUUACACGGCGUUUUAAAUCAUGGCGGAUGAGGGCGUUUUCAUACGCGUUUGGCCAAUCAACGUCUACUUACGUCACGGAUAGUACCAGUUGUGCUGGUUAGACCCUGCUCCGGAGUAGGAGCUCAUUUGGUUCUCGAAAAAGGCAGUCGGUACUAAAAUCACACCCAGUUCCGGAGGUGCGAAAACGCCAAAAAGUGGGUAGUUCCACAAUUAGUUCAGGUACUAUGAAAAGGUUCCCGCGGUGCGAAAGGCCCUAUAGCUGAAAAGAGCCGAAAAUCACUCAUUUAAAAGCUAACAGCCUUGUGCUUGUUGAAUUUUGUAAAAAAAAAAUAAAUAAAUAAAUAAUUUAAAAAAAAUCAUAUCACAUGGCUACUAUCAGUAUGUUUAUUGUUAGUGUUUUAACACAAACUAGAGCAGAAACAGGAGGAAGAACCUCGAUGCAGUUAAACAUGUUCAUUUUUUUCCCUAUAGUUUGGAUUGACAGAGUAAUAAUUGCACUCCUAACUUAGGAAUUUGGUCGAAAAUAACGUCAGCUGAGACAUGUAUGGUGUCUGGAUGUAACGUAAAGGCUAACGUAGCUAAUGUUGAGGAGCGUAAACAGCUACCGGUUUAGCAUUGCGCCAGCUGCAUGGAUAAAUCUAUACAUAAGAACCAGAGAAGACGCUGGAGAUGAAAUUAGUUAUUCUACCUAACUGCUCUGUCUGUUUUAACACACCUUAACCUUUACGCUAAAUUUUCAACGUAAACAAUCGCUUUGUGUGGAAGCUGUUUUCAGAGAUUUACAUCGGAGGAAAAGACAAGAUGAACAUAAACAUAUUUAAAUGUUUACAGCGGGACGUUAUAAACAGGAAGUUGGCCAGAACGAGCGUCAAGUGACUGUUAGCAAGAAGUGCGUUAUGUUGCGUGUCAGAAAAGAUCAGAUCACUGACACCUGUGAAGCACAAACACGUUGAAGUGUACACUUUAAGAAACAGGCACUAUGUACGGAGUGUGUUGUGCGGUUAUAGGGAAAUAAUCAACGACAGCGUGGUGUGAUGAAGCAGAGUUACUGUCUCCACCCUGAAGUUGAUUAUUUUCCAAUAAGAAUACAUCCAUCCCCAAGUGUUUUAUUCCUCUUAUACCACCGUAAUUUUGCCAACGAUUACAAUUUUUUAUGUAUUAAAGAACAACUCGUUCUGUUUAUCCGUUUAUAGUUACGUUUAACGUUUAACGUAUAGUUACGUUCUCACUUACGUCGUAGCAGCUACGUAUAAACAGUCGUAUCCUCAUCAGCCUCUUUUUUUCGCUCUCUUGAAGUUAAUAAGACAAAAAAACAAAACUCGGCUAACCAAGAUGUCGGAAAAGUUACAGCUUUACUUCUGACUGUUACGAAGUGCUGACACUGGAGACUCCUUCCAGAAAAUGUUACAUAAACGUCUCCUUAUGGUGAAGAAAAAAACGUCACCAUUUCCAUGUUUACACAAGUUUUUUUUUAAAAACCCGUUUCUAUGGAGAUUCUGUCGUUCAAGUCCCCGUGAACGAGCCAUUAAUACUGAAAAUGAUCUCAUGCUGAAAAUUAAUCAACACCUUCUGACCAAUCAGAAACCAGAAUUCAGCAGUAUUUGGACAAAGCUGAAGGAGUAUUAUCCUUUAAUGAGACUGUAAUUCUGUUCAUUAAACCAGCGUCUUUUAUACGACACUGUGGUAAUAUUGUAAACCGUAUCAUGAUAUAUUUAAAAAAAUAUAUCAGCACAUGCUGAAUACUGACAUGUUCCCGCACUGAAUGUUGUUCUUUUCUCAUUUCAGUACCAAACUGUCUUUCCCACGUGAGAAAAAAGCGAGUCUAGCACUAGUGUGUUUUUGUUUUUGUCUUGUUUUGUCAGUUUCUCCUGAGGGCGUGACUGUAACGGUUCUGUUUACUGCAUCAUGUUGAUUGGACAAUCUUUCCCUAAGGACGAUUUCAUGUACGCAGAAUUAAGUCUGUUUUAAUCGAAUUGUCGUAAUGUGACUCACUGUUCCUCUUACAGGAAAUAACAAACGAAUGACAUUUUUUUCUAGGGAUGCAUCGAUACCGAUACCGAAACUGACACUGGUAUUGGUCCAAUAACAUCUUCCGAUAACAUCUUAUACCAACUGAUACUGUGUGACGUAAACCUAGCGAACGUUAUCAUGCUAAGGAACAGACGAUGCGUUAUGACAGCGAUCUGGACAUUUUUCACGAUUAAUGAUCAAAGCAGAGCAGAUUGCAAACUGAAAAUACCGAGAGUAUUAGGAACUAGAGUCAUAAAACAUCUUAAACAUAAAACUAAGUGAGAAAAAAUGUCUACAGAUGAUGCUGAGUGAAAAUAACAGCUCAUAUGUAUGUUCAAGUAUGUUGUUGUUGAUGAUCAGAUGAUGAUCGGUCAUAACGAUAACGAGGGAUUCUGACACAAACAAAAAAAAGUACUUUAUUUACUUUACAAUCCUGUUAAUUAAUUUAACUAGCUAACGUGCUUCAUUUUAAAAUCGCUCGCUAACGUUAUGAAGAACGAGCCUAGGAGCAUGAAGUGCGUGAACAUGGGCGUUUUUCAUAUCGGAAAAACAAGCACAGGUAAAUAAAAUGUUCAGUGACGUCCCUGAUCGAUUUAUCGGUAUUGAAAAUCGUUAUCGAUGCAUCCCAAUAAUUUAAUCCCAGUUUAGUUUCCUUCACCGCAUAAGCUAAGUCUCCUGUAGGAAUCCGGGAGUAUUAAGAUGAGGGCUAGCGUGUUCUUCCUCGAAGACACAAGACUUCUUGCUUGUGUACCAUCACAGGGCAGCUCAACACGCUUGGAGGAGACACCAACUACCCUCUUUUACAUACAUGAGCGGAGAGUUAGUGAUGUCAUUCUUCUUAUCCAAUCAGCAGGACAGUUAAACUCUCUUUGACUCCAGGAGCCUGUGGGAAUGUUGGGAAUCACACUCAUGAUUUUCUUUUCUUGGAUAUUAUAAAAAAAAUUUAAAAAAUGUAAUAAAAUGACAAAUAUAUACAACCUGAAACAGUGUCAGGAUAACUGUACGAAGCCAUCAAGAACGGUGAAGAUCAGGGGACCAGAUUAAAGAAUCAUUCCCUCAAAUCUCUCUAAUUAGUGUGUUAAAGACAAAAGUUGUUGUUCUGCAUCGCACAUUCAACAGUUAGGAAGGUAAAUCAAAUGAAAACAUAAUUUUAAGAUAUAUAUAUAUAUUUACAUUUUGCAGUGUUUAUUGCAAACAGGUGUCACAAAAGUGUAUCAUUCUUCUACACAAUCUCCAUUUCUUCAAUGCAGGUGUUUCAGCGCUUAACAGUCGUGUCCAGACUCCUCUAUAAAAAAAAUAAAUAAAUAAAUAAAAAAUUCUAUUCUGUUGCUAUUUUGUGUCGCACACUGUAUAAAGUUUACUGUAAACUUUACAGCAAUUUACUGGCAACAGGAUUGGCGGUAAAGUAUUGUAAAAUUUACAGUAAACAACACGCUUACAGGAAAGACUUUAGCUCAUUUGGUAGACGCUUUUUUAUAAAAAAAAAAAAAAAAAAAAAAAACUUGGAAUUGAUGCGAAUGAAGUGAAGGAGGUAAAAAUGGCAGUGCUGGGACCUGAACACACAACCUUCUGAUCUGUAACUCGAAGCGUUAAGCCACUACAACUAGACACAAGCGUGAGUCAUUUUUAAAA